CAGGAAGGUGUUUUAGCGCGUUCAGACCGGAACGUCCAAAGGCUGGGAAACAGAUAAUGGAGGUGGACGAGACUCCAUAUUCUGAGUUGAAAGAUGAGGAUUCAACCUCUAAGUGUGCCCAUUGUCAGUGCUCCGUCUCACUAGCAGGACAGAAAACAUGGCCAGUAACCAGCUGUAUUAGUGGUUUGACACAGGUGGCUGAUAUUCUACACAAGAAAGUGCCGGAAUGCAAGUUUACCGUUUCUGACGACAGUUUUGUCUGUAACAAGUGUUACACACUGGUUGAGAAAAUUGUGAAGAAACAAGAGGUUGCUACAUUAAUGCAGAAAGAAAGCCUGAAAGCUGAAUUAGAACUGAAGAUGUUGAUGCCGGGGUUGCAGCUGGAGGGGGUCAGUAAGGAACAACUUAGUACCGCUGUACUCAACAAGGAUACAACAAAGUCUGAAGAUAAAGAACUUGGGGUAGAAUGGUUUGCCAUGCUGACUGACUCAAAGUCCAAGCAUUUAGUGGCUCAUUGUUCAAACAAAGGCGCAUCCUUCCUGGAGCAAAAUCAAGAAAUCUUCAAAACGUUUCCACAGUUUUGUUUCCCAUCUGACCCAGAAACCAGUACACAAAUUGACCACAAUUACUUCAGCAAAGAAAGUGGUGAUAAUCCAUCGGAGAGUAAAACAGAAAAGCAGGGAUUAACUGAUGGAAAUGCAGAAAAUAUCCCACUGGUUCCAUCAAAAUCCAGGAGAAAGAAAGCUGUUCCUGCAAAGGCAGCAUCACCAUCAAAGUCAUCAACUAAAGAUGUUGUUACACCAAAUCCUACAGGGGUAAAAGUAAGUAGGAAAAAACGCAAAUCAAAGGCAAUAGACGAAGACUCAACAUUUGAAGCAAAGAGUGACACAGAUGCCCCAGGACCACAAUCAAGUGAUACAUGUAUAAAAUCUAAAUUACGAGUAGCUCUAAGGGACUAGAAAGGGAAUAGGUCCCGAUAAGGAUCAUUCC